CUACAAAGUGGGUCAAAACCCUAGUUAUAAGAGGCCCUAGAGCAAAGGCUUUUCCACCCUCGGUUAUCAGCUAGCUUUCCUCAUCAGAAACCCUAGGGCGUCAUGGCAAGAAUCAAGGUCCAUGAGUUACGGACUAAGACGAAGACAGAGCUUCUUAAUCAAUUGAAGGAGCUUAAGGCUGAGCUUGCAUUGCUCAGAGUUGCCAAGGUUACUGGGGGUGCUCCCAACAAGCUCUCCAAAAUUAAGGUGGUACGUCUCUCAAUUGCCCAGGUUCUCACUGUUAUAUCUCAGAAGCAGAAAGCAGCGUUGAGAGAUGCCUACCAGAAGAAAAAGUUCCUUCCUUUGGAUCUCCGCCCGAAGAAGACUCGUGCAAUUCGACGCCGUCUCACUAAACAUCAGGCUUCCUUGAAGACCGAGAGGGAGAUUAAGAGAGAGAAAUAUUUCCCCCAAAGGAAAUAUGCCAUCAAAGUAUGAAGCAGAGGCAUGUGGUAAACUGCAGUUUUGAGAUAUUUAACCCUAUUUGUUUUCCAUGGUUUUGUCUCUAUGUGGAUUCUGAACUUCCAUUUCAAUCACUUUCACUAUUUUUCUUUUGUUCACUUUACUUGUUUUGUUUCAGAGGUUUAAGUAGUAGUUCUUAGGUUGCUAGGAAAUGUAUUAGAAGAAAUUGUGUUUCGAGGACAUUCAUGUUUUCUUUAAUUUCAUGUUGAAAGAGGAAGAGACUACAAUCUAAUGAUAUGAGUGUGGGGAUUAGCUAUCAAAAGAGAUGCCUUAUUCCAAA